AUGUUUGCCGCCUUUUUUGGACGCUUGCCUGUGCUUUUCUGGUUUCUCGUGAUCGCCACAGGAACAGCUGCGUGGUGUGCGGCUGCCACAUCUUUCAACUCGUUCUGCGCCGCUCGCAUCCUCAACGGAUUCUUCUCGACAGUGGCUCAAGGCGGUGGAAUGAUGUUCAUCCAGGACAUGUUCUUUUUCCAUCAAAGGCCAAGAAAAAUCAAUAUCUGGGCUUCCUUCUUCAUCAUGUCACCUUAUAUGGGUCCACUUCUCGCGGCUUUUAUGAUCGCCUACAAGCCCUGGCCCACUCCCUUCUGGGUCUACACUGCAGAAACCGCCCUCGUACUGAUCCUCGCCGCCCUCGUCGUCGACGAGACCUACUACGAUCGUCGCAUUCCAGCCUCGGCCCAACCGCCUCGUGGAUCUCGCAUCUCUCGUAUUGUUGGUAUAUCGCAGUUCCGCUCGCGCCAUCUCCGCAACUCGUUUGGCGCCGCCUGUAUGCGAGUGGUCAAAGUGCUGACGAAGCCAACCGUCUUGCUCUCCGCCACGUACUACUUGCUCACGUUCGCCUGGGUCGUCGGCAUCAACACGACCCUGUCCAUCUUCCUGACGCCGCUCUACAACUUUGGCCCUCUGCAGAUCGGGUAUUUCUAUUUCACUCCCGUCGUUGCCGUCCUCCUCGGCGAGAUCACAGGCCACUGGCUCCACGACCUGCUCGCCAAACACUACAUCCGCACCCACAAGGGCCACUUCGAGCCCGAGGUCCGGCUGCGCGCCAUCUUCUUCUCCAUCCCGCUCAUGGCUGUCGGGCUUGUGCUGGUGGGGCAGGCCCUGCAGAACGCCUGGCACUUCAUGGCCCUGUCCGUGUCCUGGGGCCUGUACGUCUACGGCAUCAUGAUUACCACCGUCGCCGUCUCCUCGUACGCGCUCGACUGCUACCCGGAGGCCAGCGGCGAGGUGUCGGCCCAUCUCAACAACGCGCGCACGCUGGGCGGGUUUAUCAUCUCGUAUUUCCAGGUCACAUGGGCCGAGGCGUCUGGGCCCAAGGUGAGCUUUGGGAUCCAGGCGGCCAUCUGCACGGCUGCGUUUGGGAUUGUGAUUGUGUUGAUUGUGUUUGGCAAGAGGAUGAGGGUUUGGGCUGGCCCACUUGGGUUCACGACUGCGUAA